UGACAAUUCGCGUAAAUAUUUGAAAUAAUCAAUACCACUAAAAGUUCGUCAUUUUGAUUGGUACCGCCGGGUACCGCAGGCAAACAACGAUAACAAAGAUUAUUAUUAGAUUAUUUCUGUGAGAAAUAAACAUAAAUCUGUUGUUUACUACCGGGCUGUGAUUGAAAUAAUUUCGUGUUAUUUUUUUCUACGUGUAAAUGUAUUUAGGUACUUACUCUUCUAUGUAUAAGUAUUUCUUUACUCCCGAUUGUAAAUAGGUACCUAUUUUACUAACAAAUGAAUUCGCAGCUGCGAUACGAUUACACGAUGAAAAAUUUGGAAAUCUCAUUUAGAUUACCAUUCGAUACACAAAAUAAUAUAAUAAAGACGUGAUCUCUUAUUUGGUAACAUAUGGCUAGACGCAAAAAAAGGAGAGUUGCAUUAAAAAUGUGUAAAGAUAAAGUAAUAGAUAUAAAAAUGUGUAAAAACACAGUAGCAGCCACACAAACGUGUGAGGAGACAUUACUAACAGACGAAAAAAUGUGUGGAGAGGUAGAAACAGAUGCAAAAAAAUGUGCAGAUACAAUAGUAGACGCAAAUGUGUGUGAAAAGACGGAAAUAGACUCAAAAAUGUGUGAAGAGACAGUAGAAGACCCAAAAAAAUGUGCAGACACAGUAGUAGACGAAAAUGUGUGCAAAAACACAGCGAUAGACGUAGAAAUGUGUGAAAGUACAGUAACAGACACAAAGGUAUGCGAAGAAACUGUAGCAACAGGCACAAAAAUGUGUAAAGACGCAAUACCGAAUGCAGAAGAGUUAAUGAAGCCACCUCUCACCAGGAAAGUGUUCAAAAGCUACAAGGUCACGGAUGGCGACAAGGAGAAGGUGCACCACUGCAACGUGUGCAGCAAGACGUACAAGCUCAAGAAGCUCCUCACCUACCACAUCCGCAGGCAUCACUUCAACCUGCAAGCCAAGAUCCCCUACGCCGAGCGCAAGAAAGUCAACCAGGUCUGGUUCGAGAAGGUAUUGAACUCAAACAAAAUCUUAGAAAUUAAGAAGGCGAGCGAAAACACCUUAAUCAUGAGGGGCCUCGAUGAAAACACGGGGAUUAAAGUCCCAGUCGUCAACGACAAAGUUAUAGACUUGAGCAACAUCUACCCGGUAGACAGACAUAGUAUAGUGACGUGCGAUUUGUGUCAGAAGAGUUUUCAGAAAAGGAAUUUCAAGAAGCACUACGAAGAGAUACAUUUGAAUAAGAAGAAGAUGCAUUGCAACAACUGUAACCAGGUGUUCAAGCGAGCGUACCAGUUCCUGCAGCAUCGCUGCCAUGUAGUCAGGAACCGAGGCAUCAAACACGGCCAGGAGGUUAAUCUAAGGAUAGCCAGUGUUGAGAGCCUCUCUAUACCUAUGUAAUUCUAUAGUUCAAGUAACAGCUUAAAAAGUUGUGGUGUUAGGUACAAUGUAACAUAACAUAAGCUGACGACGACUAUAUCCCAAUUGGACUAGUCAGAGGUACAUCCAUCACAAGGUGAACUAAGUACCCACAUCUCACUGAGCUUUCUGUCAGACCAACGUGAUGUCAGAGGUGGUGAGCCAUAUAGCCUACUAUAAUGUUCGAGCCGAAUGUGUUAGUGAAAACUGUAGGUAAAUUAAUAACUCAUUGGUGCAAGUCCAGUAGUCCGGGUUCGAACCAAGUUGUUGAACUACAGAACCACAGUGACAUAAUGGUGCUAAUUCCUGCAGACGCCAUCUAAUUUUAUUUUAAGUUAUACCUGUCAUUUUCUUAUCCGCCGAAAAGGAAAGGGACGGGUAAUCGACAAGCAUAAAAUUUAUGGAACACACGUCAAUUUUAAGCACAAAUCUAAAACAACCGUCUAAAAAUUUUACAUUGGCCAAUAACCCGACAGAGUUAAGUAGAAAGCACGUCAAACGGAUUACAUACCAGCGAGAUGCCUAUUUUAUUCGCCCGGGCUAUUCAUUCAUUUACUCAUUCUUCCUAAAAUUAAGAGCUGUCAAUCAUCCGUCCCUUUCCAUUUCGACUGACAAAAAAAUUACGGAUAUAACUUAAAAUAAAAUUAGGCUGUGUCUGCGGGAAUCGGGGCCAAUGUUUUUAAAUUCAAAAAUAUUUUUAUUUAAUAAGUAACAUAGUUCAUACAUUAUCGAUUGCGAGGAGCCUUGUGUCUCGUAGUGAGAUGUAAAAGGAAUUUACAUAAGUAAUUAGGUAUCUAUCGCAUAUUCGCUUACAAUAAACCUUAAUACGUGUGUGUCCCAUUUUAAUUAAUUACAUCUGACAUCACAUACCUCCCACACAUUGUACUUUGAAAUGAUGCAUUUAAGUGAAAAAAAUAAUCUUUCUUUUAUUUAUUUUUUAAUGUAUUUUUACUGAUAUGAAAUAUCUAUUCAAAUACUACAUUUGUCCAAAACAUAUUGAAAUAAGUACUUAGGUUCAUCACGUUUGUUUUACACUUUUUUUACGAUCCAUACACUCGACAUUUAUAAAUAUAAGUAUACAUAGAUACAUACCUAUA